ACUCCCAGAGCCACCCGUUUUAAUAAUCACAGGUUAUUUUAAACAGCAGUGUCCAGUUGAUAUCUACAUAGGAGGGAGCGCCGUUUUAUUGUGGAGUAAAAAAAUCCAGUUCAUAACAACAGCCGAAGUGAAUGAAACACGGAUAUGUAUUAUAUUCUAACCAGUCCAACAUUUCAUCCAUUUCCCUUUCAACAAAGUGUACAUCAGAUAGAAUCCCGAUGGAUAAUGUAAAAUAGAAGCAGACAAGGGGAGUACAAUACUCGCGUCCUCCUCCUCAAUCUACUGUUAACGUCAUCUUUCAUCAGAGUUCACUUCACUUUUUCCAAUAGAGAAAGUGUUUGUUAACAUCUGAGGAAUCAGAAUUUAACAUGGAUUGUCAUUGCCAGGACAGCCCCUGGCUAAGCAUCCUAUUGGUGAGCACCAAGGACUGCUGGGUAUAAUACCCUAUCCAACACCUCCAAGACGGAUAUAAGCAACAGGAGAAUAAUGGCCCUAUUAUUUAGGAGGCAAUGGACUACUUCUUUUAAUAGCUUUUGGGUCAAGAGGUCAUCCACACUGGGACUGGGAACAGUCUUAAUGGAUGAUUGGACAAUUACUCUUUGUAGAGGGGUGAAAACGCAAAAAAAGAAUUUAAGGAGGCAGGAGCUAGGGAGUAGAAUUGGUGGUAUGUAGGUGGCCACUAUGCACAGUAUAAGAAGCUGAGUUGUAUUUGAUUGACCAGGGUUGAUGCUAAAUGCAGGUCAUCCUGAGAUUCAGGUUUUCUUUACUCCUUCACUGUUAAUACCAGGAUGAAUACAGAUUUCCAGGAGCAAUUAAAAUGCCUGAACUUCUGGAUGCCAUUUGUGCUGGUGACAAUGCCUGGGUGCGCCGCCUCAUACAGGCUGGGGUAGAUGUCAAUGUUGGGGAGUUCUACAUGACCCCUCUGCAAAUGGCAAUCAUGAAAGACAACAUGGAGGCAUUCAACAGCUUAAUCAAAGCUGGAGCAGAUGUCAACCAGCCCGAAGAAACAAAAAAUUGGCAACCUUUGACCUACGCAGCAAAAAAUGGAAAUUUAAAAAUCUUAGAUAAACUUCUAGAGAUGGGAGCUGCUGUCAAUAUAAAGGAUUCGGAUGGCCGCACUCUUUUAGAUUUUGCUGUACAUGGCAAGCAUUUAGAGGUGGUCAGGCGUCUGGUUCAGAUGGGUGCCGAUAUACGCCACGAGAACUGCCCUGACAAGACCACUGGACUUAUGUACACUGCAAUGAUGUCUGGAUGUACCGAUAUGGUUGUGCGCUUCAGAGCAUAUGGAUUAAAUUUCGAGACGAUACAUACAGAGCAAAAUGAACCAGGAAUAUUUCGCUUGAUUCAGUUCAAUCAAUUGGAAAUGCUCGACACCAUAAUAAAGUUAGGUGGUGAUGUGAACAUUGAAAACAUGUGGGGAGAAACUCCUCUAUUUCGGUGCUCUGAUUUCGGAGCAAGUGCUGCUUCCAUACAUCUAUUGAUGCGAGGUGGUGCGGAUGUGAAUAAGCAGAAUAGUAGCGGUGAAACUGCUUUAGGCAGGUGUAUCAUGAAUGGUAACUUUGACAAAGUGAGAGCGCUUCUAGAUUGGGGGGCCAACAUGGACUAUCAUACCAAUGGAACCAAGUCCCUGCUACAUAUGGCAGUCGAAAGAGGUUUGUCCGAUAUUGCCAAACUUCUGGUCAAUGCAGGAACAAACCUGCAUGGGGAAGUCUGGAUAUAUGAUAAAUUGCCAGAGGAUUUACUCCGCAACAUUUCAAUCAUUCAAUGGAUGACCGAACAUGCAAGAACGCCAAUGUCCCUGAAGUGGUACAGUCGUUUAGCAAUAAGAAAGAGUAUCAGGGGUCAAAAGUGUGUUCAAUAUUCAAACCUGCCACUACCAAAAUUUUUGCGAGACUACCUGUAUCUCCCAAACAUGACUGACAUUAGAACACAAUUUUGAUCAAUGUCUCAGGUUAAUUGGUCAUUUUAACUCUAAGUCAAAUAAAACAUAACAACUCUUAAAGUCUUCAAGAAUAAAUUUUCCUGGAGGACCAGGUUAGUAAGGUACUCAGGGUAAUUUCUCCUGACAAUUCUACUUGGACUUCAUGUGCUAGUAGAAUUCCAUAUCGACAAUAAGUGGGACAAAAAGUCAUCUCUUGUAGUGUUUUAUAUCAAACACCAGAGUUUAGGUAAAUGGAAAAUAUAAACAGACGUCACCAAAUGAAAUACUAUGCAAGCAAUGGUGAAUAUAGAGAAAUGUCCAAAUAGGUUUGGUGGUGGGUUUAUGGUCAAGGUUUUGCAAUUUGAAUACUAUUAUUGGCAGUGGGUUUAACCCUCAAUGUCUGCUAUUGGGACACUAUUUCUACCAAUUAACAGCCUAGGGUACCAAAUAAAAUGAAAAUACUGAUGAAUCGAUGUAACAGCCAAAUGUAUUCUGUACAAAAGUCUUGUAAAAUAGGUCAUAAAAGUGGUAAAACUGUUAAUAUAAUUAUAUUAACCAACAGUAUUCUAAUUUUAUGCUCUUUUUAUAAGCUUACAAAACUUGUAUUUUCAAGUUUUUAACCAUUUUUAUUUACUGCAAUGUUGAAAUUAUUCCAAUUGUCAUGUGAUUAUUGAAUGGCUUAGUUUCCGAAAGAAUGCAAGUUCUUUUAAGAAUGUUACAAUGUAUUAUUAAAGUUGGCAUGUUCUAUUUGAAUUAUCAGACUGGCUUUUUCAUUCUAAUCCAGAGUA